AUGCAAUCCUUGCUGCUCUCUGCCACGUUUUAUGGAGCAUUGGUGACUAUCACCUUUGCAGGUUAUUUGGCGGACAGAUAUGGUCCGAAAGGGAUAGUCGUAGCAUUCACUCUGGACUACAUCAUUGUAACGUUGUUAACUCCACUUCUUGCUCGUCACUCAUUUGAGGCGUACCUCAUUUCACGCAUCAUCAUGGGUCUUGGAGAGGGUUUUGUAUUUUCCUGUUUUGGGAGUUUCAUUGGCAAAUGGUACACUAUAACAGAGAAAUCCACAGCAGGUGCUAUGUACACAUCCGGAAACCAGGUAUGAGU